CAGCAGCAGCCGCCCACAGACAGAAGCACAUUCACCGCUCAAACACUGAGCUCUGGGGACACAUUUGGGGAGAGAGAGGAGGGUCUCACCCUAUUGGACGUUGCUAAUUCUCCCUGUGCCCCCCUGUUAUUCACUGUUGUCCCCCCAUAGCCUUAUAGGACUCCACCUUGGCAGCAGAGGGAGCCGGAUUAUUGGGGUGCUACCUGGGCACCAUGUCGGCCAAUCAGGCGGAGUCGUUGCCCGUCUGCUCCAGUUACCAGGCGGUGAUGCCGCACUUCAGUGGGGUGAGCGAGGAAUACCCACAGCCCAUACAAGGCCGGAGCCUGAAGGGUAAGGGGAAGCUCAGGAGACAGAGGCAGAGCAGGUUCAAGACCCAACCGGUGACCUUCGAUGAGAUCCAAGAGGUAGAGGAGGAAGGGGUGUCCCCUACAGAAGAGGAGAAAGCCAGAAAGUCCUUCCUACAGUCGCUGGAAUCUCUGCGGAGAAGCUCCCACAACAACAUGCAGAUCCCGAGGGAGAAACUCGGCCGAUCCAAACUGAGGCACAGCCUGGACUCCAGCGAUUCCGACUCCACACUCUAAUCCCAGGCCCCUUCUUAGGACUUUGGGGUCUCCUUCCUCUGGUGGGACCACUUUGGGGUGCAGCAGUUUGGGGGAACUACGCCGCCCUUUAACCAUCAUGUUCCCGGCUGUUACACUAUUGAUUUGACUGAAGAGCUUGCCAUUAUCAGCCCCGGAUAUUGAGAGUGGGGCAGGACUGGGCAGCAAUGACUUGGCAAAGUAAUGUUAUAGGGGUUGCUCCCCUUUAAAUGAACUAUUAGUAUGAUGUAGAGAGGGAUAUUCUGAGACCAUUUGCAACUGGUUUUCAUUUUUUAUUAUUUGUGGUUUUUGAGUUAUUUAGUUUUUUAUUCAAUAAGUUGUUUGUGCAGUUUCAGCUAUCUGGUUGCUAGGGUCUAAACAACCCUAGCAACAUGCACUGAUGUGAUUAAGGGAAAAAUGAGUAAUAAGUGCCAAUAACAAUUCAUCGGUAGCCUUACAGAGCAUUUGUUUGUUUUUUAGGUGGGGUCAGCGACCUCUAUUUAAAAGCUGGAAAGAAUCGGAAGAAGGCAAAUCAUUCAAAAACUAUAAAAAGUAAAUAAUUUAAGAUCAACUGCUCAGAAUUAGCUAUAUUUAUAAUCUACUAAAAGUUAACUUAAAGGUGAACCAUCCCUUUAAACUUGCUGUACUCGUCGGCUAGCAGAGGAUUCUGGGAGUGGUAGUUUGAAACAGUGCCAUGUCACUAAGUUAAAGGAACGGCACACUUGCUUAUUAAUAAUGGUACAAGUCAGGGAUAGAACUCCUUUAGCCCUGUAGUUCUUGUGGGACUACAACUACCAGCAUGCCCUGGGCUGUAGUUCUUAAGAGCUGAAGCUUUCCUGCCCCUGUGUUUUCUUACUGGUAUUCACACCUUACUGGCUGAGGAUUCUGGGUAACAGUCACGCUGCUAUAUCUCUGCUAGCUAUUUGCAUUUGUGCAAAGUCUUCUUUGUAUUGGGUAAAGUCCAGACUGUAAUAAUAAUAAUGAGGGGCCAAACCUGGGAAGGGGGAGCAGUAUUCUUUUGGAACUACAACUCCCAGCAUCCCACCGUGCACAGAUUCCAGUUUAGACCCAACUCAGUAGGUUGAAUGUCCUUCUAUGAAGCAGCUACUGGUCCUACAGCUCCAAGUGUCUGGCAGAGGAUGCUGGGAGUCGUAGUCCUACAGUUCCCAGUGCCUGGCAAAGGAUGCUGGGAGUCGUAGUCCUACAGCUCCAAGUGUCUGGCAGAGGAUGCUGGGAGUCGUAGUCCUACAGCUCCAAGUGUCUGGCAGAGGAUGCUGGGAGUCGUAGUCCUACAAGCUCCAAGUGUCUAUAGAGGAUGCUGGGAGUUGUAGUCCUACAGCUCCAAGUGUCUGGCAGAGGAUGCUGGGAGUCGUAGUCCUACAGCUCCAAGUGCCUGGCAGAGGAUGCUGGGAGUCGUAGUCCUACAGCUCCAAGUGUCUGGCAGAGGAUGCUGGGAGUCGUAGUGCUUUAAGAUCACUAUGGAGCAUUUGUGUAUGAUCACGUAUAGUCUUUUAUACUGAACCAGUCGUUGAGGAGGGGAUUGUGGGAUUGAAUUUAAAGUGACAGGCAAUGCCCCUGUUGGAAUGUGUUUUAUACCCGGGGGGGGCAGCUGUUUCUUAAACUCACGGGGGGGGGCAGGAAGGUUUAUUUUUGUAAAAUGAGAUAUAAAAAAAAUGUGGCGAAAUGGGGGUCAUAAAUAUUUAUUUUUGCACUUGCACCACUCUCUGCAUUUCCCUCCCAGAAAUCGAUAUAUUUGUAUAAAGAGGUUACUGUUAUUUUAAAUAAACACCUUUUUUUUUCUUU